GUGGAAAUUUUCUUGACCAGUCCAGUCAGUCGAGUCUUCGUGGUGGCACGUUUGCAAUUAAUUCGCUCUCUUCUCUCUCCAACCGGCUUUUUACACUAUUUUUCUACAAAAUGUCUGCCAAAUUCCUCGAAGUGGCGUAUCGCCAGCCACCCCCAUCCUACAUUUCCCUGGCGAAAUACGAAGCCGACUUCCCCCUCACAUAUUGGCGACAAGUUUGGGGAGAGUGGUGGCACCUGAGUGGGUAUAUUGCCGCAAUUUACGUCGUGCUCGUCUUCUCGGGAAGAUACAUCAUGAGUUCAAGGCCAGCUUUUAAACUUAACGGACUCCUCACCGUGUGGAAUAUUGGACUAGCGGCGAUGUCAAUUUACGCCUUUGCAAGAGUCGCUCCAGAAUUUUUCCACGUUUUAUUCGGACCGAAUGGUUUCCAUAAUUCGAUUUGCGAAUGGCCGGCUCAUAACGGUGCCACCGCAUUCUGGAGCUUUGUCCUUCUUCUGAGCAAAGUUGUCGAGCUGGGGGACACGGCUUUCAUCGUUUUAAGGAAACAGAACCUCCUCUUUCUUCACUGGUAUCACCACGUGACCACUUUAAUGUCUUGGUGGAUCAUGUACUACCAUUACGAACCAGUUCAGCUCUGGUACAUCGCAAUGAAUUCGUUCGUACACUCAUGGAUGUAUUCCUACUACGCCAUGAGGUCACUCAAAGUAUCGAUCCCGCGCCCAGUCGCGAUGGGGAUCACAACGAUACAACUGCUUCAAAUGGUGUUUGGCGUGAUUUGCAGUUUAUAUACGUAUUACAUCAUGUAUUUCAAUGGCACCCCAGAAAACUGUCCCCACCGGAACUGGCUCGGUCUUAAAGUUUCAUUCGGAAUUUACGUCCCGUACACGAUUUUGUUUGGAAAGCUUUUCAUCGAUUCGUACAUGUCAAAGGGAAAGAAGGGGCAGCAGACUUCAGAGAGCAAGAAGGGACAAGGGAAGAAGGAGUAAAUUCGUCUCAACGAGAUUUAAACUAACGAGCAAAGUCACAACAAUUUCCUAAAUACUUUUCCUAAAGUCUAAAACAAAGUAACUAUUUCUAUGUAUUUGUCGAUCUGACUGAGUAAUGGGUUCGCCGUGAUAAAGAGACAAAGACAAAGUUGAACUCGAUUAUGUCAAGAAGAAUAAGAGGAAGUGAGAGAACAACCGGUGAUAAUUAAUAAAAUGUAAAAAGAGUAA